CCUACGCCUUUAUAUGUCAUGGAUGAAAUCGAUGCUGCUCUAGAUUUCCGAAAUGUUUCUAUUGUCGCCAAUUAUAUUGCUGAACGCACCAAGAACGCACAAUUUGUUAUCAUUAGUCUUCGUAAUAAUAUGUUUGAACUUGCUGAUCGAUUGGUGGGCAUUUACAAGACAAGCAAUUGUACAAAGAGUAUUGCAAUUAAUCCUAACAUGAUAGCAACGUUGACUGCAGUGCCAACAAACGCCAGUCCAUCUAAAACAUGA